ACACUCUCAGCAGCAGCACGAGCGCGGUCGGAAAGCCGAGCUUUCUGAACUCUGAACGCAUCACGAAGCCCUCGCGCAGGACGUCCGACAGAACUAGGGGAUACAGUUUUACUGUCUUUACCCUGUCCUUUUAUACUUUUUGGUUUAACCGUACAAUGUGAGGAGAAUGGCCGGGACAAGUGCUGAUUGGGUGGAAAUCCUUGAGCCCCGUUCACAAGAGCGCAUGUACGUAAAUCUGGCGACGGGAGAGUGUGGCUGGGACCCGCCCACCGAUGUGCCCAUCCGCCAGGCUGAUGGAAACCAGUGGUGGGAGCUUUUUGACCCCCAGAGUGGCAGGUUUUACUACUACAACUCUGCUGGCCGCAUGACUGUGUGGCAUAGACCUCAGAGUGCAGAUAUCGUCCCUCUGUCUCAGCUCCAGGCCAUGAAACGCAGCACUGCAUCUGAGCGCAAGGCUGAUGAGGGUACUAGGGAACGGCAACAUGGGAAUCAGUCCGCAGGGAGUCAAGAUAGACGCACCCCUCUACCACCAAUGGAGCCCUACACUAAAGAGCCAGAAUGUGCAGGCAAAGAGCCUAAACAACAAGAAAUGGACAACCGACAGAAACCAGACAUCCACAGCAUAGACAGCAGCAAAGACACACUCAGGGAAGAGCAAAGAGAAUCAUCUCAGAGGUGGCAGCCCUCUCCUGGAUCCAAAGCUGCCAUGUUGGUAAAGGUCAGCAGCAUUGGCAGAAGCCAGACAAGAGGAACCAGCGGAGCUGCUUCCCUUCAUCUUCCUCAGAGUAAAACCAGUGACCAUAGUGCCUGCACACUGAAUACUGGCAGUGUCAAAUCUGUUUCAGGCUACAUGCUGUCACCACAGGCUUACAAAACCACACCAGGAGGAAAAAUAGCAUCAGACACGAGGCAGGCCCACCACUUGAGGAAGGUGAGCAAUGGCAGCUUCUGCCUGGUGACCUCUGGGGACUCAACAGCAUCUCUCCAGCCACAGUCUAACUCAUCUAGGCCAGUAUCUCCUCAGUAUGGAGCAACCGCUUGCCUCUACGAUGAUCCAUUAUUUGAUUACCCCAUUUACGACGAACCUGCAGCAGAUAUGGAGGUUGAAGGUGCUCACCUACAUAACGGCCCUUCUAGACACAGUCUCCAGAAGGUCAAACUUCUCCAGCACCCGGGUCAAUCUCACACCAGCUCCAGACACAAGAGAAACCCAUCCGACUAUAGUCCAGCAGGCUUGGAUUGUAUCAAGCACAUGGUGAAUGUAGACCCCAAACAAGAGCUUCUUUCCACCUCACCAGUCCCCUCUUCCAGCCCAUCUCCGACCUCAGCACCUGAAUCUCUGCUCCUCCCAACAAGGGGGCUUCAAAAGGAGCCCGCCAGCCAGGAGAAGAUGCAGUCAUGGAGGAUCCUAGAAGCAAGUGUUCUCAGAAACAUGGAAGUUCACCACAGCCGGCAGGGCAGCCAUGGAUCUCAGGACUAUUCAACACCACCACCUCCCGCCAUUAGCUACCAAGACUCAGGUUAUUCAACUGGCCCAUCUCCCAGUCUGCGGAGGAAAAGCAGGAGGAGGAUAGGUACCGGGGCCCAGGGCCGACCCGGGUCUGUGGGCAGCACUGGGGAACUCACAGCCCUGAACGAGCGUCUGAUAGAAGAGAUGAGGGAGGUUGUUAGUCGCUCAAAUACCAUGAGGGAGACCAAAGCUAGUCUGGACUCUGAGAUGUUGGAAAGUUCUUUCUCCCAAUGCACACACAGUGUGGGACGGUGCUCCUCCAGAGAGGACAUUGCAUCUUGUAGCAGGUCACUAAGCAUAAGAAGUAACCAUCACAGUAUGGCCUUCAUACCUCUGGAGAUUCCGGGACGACAGAAGAGGACUUAUGAAAAGGUGGACAUGCUUGAAAAGAGUGUAACUUUGUCCUCACCUGAGACUGCCGGACCCCCUUCACAGGCGGGAGCUCUGGAGCCAACGGUUCAGUUGGAUAGUAGAAAGAAAGGUAUGGUAGAUGGCAGAACAGGCUCACUUGGCCCUCAUCGCCAUGUAGCCAGCGAUACCAAUUUGCAGGCAAGUGAUGGUAGGGCUUACCAGAUUUCCUACGCCACCCUCCGUCAACCCCCACCCCCAGAUGCCAACAUGGCUGAUUGGGCCAGCAAGCACCUGAACAUGCACACUCAGGGACUGUUCCGCCGCCGAGUUUCCAUCGCCAACAUGCUGUCCUGGAACCGAGGCUCCAUCAAGAAGCCCAUGCUGAUGACCAACGAGCGCACUGUACGCAAAGAAGCCUGCGAGGUGUUUAAGCUCGUCCAGGCGUACAUGGGAGACAGACCCUCACGGCUGGACCGGCGCCAUGCAGCUCUCCUCAUUGUCACUAAGUGCUGGGGCAUGCAGGGACUGAGGGACGAGCUCUACGUCCAGCUCGUGAGGCAGACCACAGGCAACACCAGCCCACGCAGCCUGGCAGCAGGCUGGGAGCUCAUGGCUGUGUGCCUUGCCUUUUUUGCUCCUUCACCCAAGUUCUGCUGCUAUCUGGAAGGCUACAUUCAGCGACACAUGGAGCCAGCCAGUGACAAGAAAAUAACCCAGAACAUUUUGGACCAGCAGGAUAUUAAGAAGAAGAACUCUAAGUCAAGGAAGAAGAGGAAACAGAACUCAGAGGAGGAAACAGAAGCUCUUCCCGUCAGCACAUAUGCCAAGUACUGUUACCGGAAGCUCCAGAAAGUGGCAGUCACUGGAGGGAAAAAAGGUCUUCGUAAGCCUAGUUUGGAGGAAGUGGACCACAGUCGGCGUGCCAUCAUAACCCCUUCACUGUUCGGCAGCUCUCUAGAGGAAGUGAUGGAGCGGCAGAGUGAACUCUUCCCAGACAGGAAGUUGCCGUGGGUGCAAGUGCAGCUGUCUCAGUAUGUGCUAGCUCUGGGUGGAGCACAGACUGAGGGCAUAUUCAGGGUUCCUGGUGACAUUGAUGAAGUCAAUGCACUGAAGCUUCAGGUGGACCAAUGGAGGAUUCCUGAAAAUCUGUCAGACCCCAAUGUUCCUGCCUCUCUAAUGAAGCUGUGGUACCGUGAGCUGGAGGAGCCUCUCAUUCCCAUGAGCUUCUACAAGCAGUGUGUCAGUAACUACGAUGAUCCUGCGGCAGCCAUCAGGGUGGUGCAGUCACUGCCUGAGCUCAACCGACUGGUGCUGUGCUACUUCAUCCACUUCCUACAGGUUUUUGCUCAGCCUGCAAAUGUUGCAGUAACUAAAAUGGAUGUGAACAACCUUUCUAUGGUAAUGGCUCCUAACUGCCUUCGGUGCCAGUCAGACGACCCCCGUGUCAUAUUUGAGAACACCCGCAAAGAGAUGUCUUUCUUGCGAAUGCUCAUUGUACAUCUGGAAACAGGGUUCAUAGAGGGCAUUGUUUAAAGUUCUUCUUAUUUCUUAUUAGCAGAACAUGAAUCAGUAAUACACAACCAACCUUCUCACAAACACAGUCACAAAAAUGACAUUGUGGGCAAAAUCUAAACAAAAGUAGACUUUUAAGGA